AUGUUCAAAAUCGUUUUGCUAUUUUUAUUCUAUGCGGCUGCAUGUGUGUCAAGUUACGAUCAUGACGAUUGGACCUCUGGAGCUAAGUACAAAUUCGAGUAUGGUGUGAAUGAUCCACAUACCGGUGACCACAAAAGCCAGUGGGAAUUUAGCGACGGUAAUGGAGUUAAGGGUGGCUACACUCUGGAUGAACCAGAUGGAACCAAGCGUUACGUGCAGUAUAAGGCCGAUAAAUGGCACGGAUUUCAGGCGAUUGUGAAACGCGUAGGACAUGCUGUUCACCCACAAUCCUACAAAGCCCCAUUCGUUGUUUGGCAAAAGGAUCACCCCACACAGCUCAGCAAUGGCUAUGACUUCAAGUUGGGACAGUCACAACAUCAAGACAUCGACAGCUCAUUGGAUGGAAAAUAUCUCUGGCUGCAGUCUAACCAGCAGCCGCUGAAAGGCUGGAGCGAUAUCCGAACCAGUUCAAGCAACAAGCCUAAUCAAAAUAAUGGAUGGGAAAACGGAGGCGGUGAAACGUUUGCCACCAGCUAUGCUAACCAGAAAAACUACUACCACUGAAUGGGAUAAUCUAUCUAUAACAAGCACCUCCAGCUGCCAAUAUGAAUGAAUCUUAA